AUGAGGUCAUCCCAGGAGUCUCUUGAUAUUUCUACAGAUGAGCACGACUCUGACGAUGCCGUAAUCGAGCGUGCCAUCGCACAGCCCAUCUCAAAGCCGGCGCAAGCUCCAUGGGAUGUGACCAUCUCCCACGAGGACCUGCAGAAGUUUCUCGAAGGCAGCAGACCGAUGGACAUGGACGACAAAUGGCUGUGCGAAACAUAUGGGCCUAAUAGUGAAGGAGAAUAUCUUGUGCAUUUCACCCGGUCCUGGACAUCAUUCACGGUUAUCGCUAUCAGGGUCCAGGCCGAAUUAAACGAGGAUGGCGAGCCACUACCGGACAAGCCAGUACGUGUUCAUGAAAUUUUGUGGGAAACGGACCCGGAGAAAUAUAAUAGCGACGAGACAAGCGAAUCUAUGAAGGAAAUGGCGAGGAAUUUGGCGUAUAUGCUGGUGCAAGUAAAGCUUCCUGGCAGUGACUGA